AUGGUACGAUUAGUUGGCAGAGUGUCAUUGGACCAGCUAUUACCACCAACAAAUUCGAAAUCCGCUCAUAACGUAGCUGAGGUAGCUUUGAGAUCAAGAGGAGCAGAGCCUGAAAUGAGUGCGAAAGUCAGCAUCACGACAAGUGUGACUCUGAACCGGGAGCUUCAGUUGAUUAACGAAGAAUUCAUGGAACAUCAGCUACAACCUGAUUCGCACUUAUCCUAUUUGUGUCAAUGUGGCGCCUUGAAUCGUGGAGGCCUCACAGCGACGACUACCGUACAUAUUGCUACGCAUAGUGUUGUGGACACACGUGAUGGGGCCAAGUAUACAGUACAAGUGGUGCAUUCCGCAGCGUUGCUAUUGUCGAUGAUCUUGGUAUACGGUAACGAGCAACGGCUGCUUGCCAUGGCCCAUUUGAUUGGCGCAGAUUCACUGCCAAGUCGAGAUCAACUAGAUAGUAAUUUG